AUGCCUCCCACAGUCGACAGGUUGACUUCCACCCAUUCAUCUAUUGUUACUAUGUCAGAAACAUCAUUCACUGAUGAAGACAAUUCUGCUCCUGAGAGUCCAACACCGCUACAAGUAACACCACCUUCCCCUGCCCUCAGUCCCGGGCCUACACCAACUCGCGUGACAUCAUCCAUUGAUCCUAAACCUCAUGUUAUUGUGUCAGACUUUGAUCGGUUUCCUCAAUGGCCCAUCUCGGCUAUUGACCCGGAGCUGCCCGAAUGGAAGGUGAAUGGCCUAGUUGACCAGAAAAUUGACGGUGGUCUGUAUGAAGCUGAGCUGGGACCAGUAGCAUGCGAGAGCACGAUGAUGGCUCGCCGAGAUCAUCGCGGAUUUUCUGUUUUCAACAAUCAAUGCUCAACUUGGCAGGGCAUACCCACCAUCCCAGUCGAAUACUUCCUUCCCAUCAACAACUUGAGCAGCAUCUUGACAUGGGAGUCUUGA